AUGCAUCGAGUGUACGACCAUGAGACAGCACCAUCUCCGUCCUAUCAUCUUCCUCACCACUGCGUUGUUCGUGAUGACAGCUCUACAACAAAGUUACGCGUAGUCUUCGACGCGUCUUGUAAAACACCGUCCGGUCCCUCCCUAAACGACGCACUCAUGGUAGGUGCAGUCACCCAAGAGGACAUCAGGUCAAUCAUCAUGCGAUCCCGGAUCCGACCUAUAAUGAUAAUCGCUGACAUCAAACAGAUGUACCGACAGAUACUGGUGGACGAAAAGGAUAUUCCGCUUCAGAGAAUUGUGUGGCGAUUCUCCCCGGACGAUCCUCUCGAGGCCUACGAAUUGAGGACGGUUACCUAUGGGACGGCUAGUGCUCCAUUUCUAGCGACACGUGUCCUUCAACAAUUGGCCGAAGACGAGCGGUACGAGUAUCCACAAGCUGCGACGGUCCUGAAAAGGGAUUUCUAUGUGGACGACUUGUUCUCAGGCGCGGAUUCCGUGCAAGAAGCCAUCACACUUCGGCAGCAGCUUGAGUCCCUUCUCAACAAGGGAGGAUUCCAACUCCGUAAAUGGGCUUCGAAUGAGCCAUCCGUAUUAGAGGAAGUUUCGUUGGACAACCGAGCUCUUCAGGCAUCCGUGGACUUCGAUCGAGAUUCAUGCAUCAAAACCCUAGGCUUACAUUGGGAACCAUCGACGGACAACCUGCGCUACAAGAUCGAACUGCCAAAUGUUUGCGAGGAGAGGCUUACCAAACGCAUAGCUCUCUCCCAGAUUGCGUCACAAUUGUACGAGAAAAUUACUGCGUCUCUUGAACUGUCAGCCGAAACAUUCUUUUGGGUCGAUUCGACGGUGGUACUCAGCUGGUUGAAUUCCACCCCAUCAACAUGGACAACUUUCGUGGCGAACCGUGUUUCAAAAAUUCAACUCGCCACGGUUGGAUGUCAUUUUCAUCAUGUGGCAGGACAACAGAACCCUGCAGACUGCAUCUCGCGUGGGACAACAGCAGAGCUGCUAUUCCUGAAUGAACUUUGGUGGAGCGGACCCUUUUUGUUGCAACAACAUUCCAGCAGUUGGCCAAUCCAGCUGCACAACGAACUGGAACCUUCGGAUGCCCAACUAGAAAUCAGAAAAACACCAGUUGCCUCAGUUCCCGCCAUAGCCGAACCCACGUUCCUGGACUUAUUCGUGGAGAAAUUUUCCAGCUACGAUCGCAUGCUGCGUGUACUCGCUUAUUGUCAACGAUUUCGUCACAACUGUCUCGCCAGGCCACGUCCAAAAAGGUCUAGUCUCAGCUCUGAUGAAGUCUCCAAGGCCGAGAAAACGCUGAUCUCAUUAGUUCAACAACAAUGCUUCAACAGCGACUGGACUAAGCUUCAGCAGGGAAAACCCAUUUCCGCCAAAUCACCUCUACGAUGGUUUCAUCCUUUCCUAGCACCAGAUGGCCUGAUACACAUUGGAGGCAGAUUGGAACGAUCGCAAAAGCCUUUCGAAGUCAAACAUCCAAUUCUUCUACCGUCGUCACAUCGCUUUUCCCUACUGUUGGUUCGAGGUUAUCACCACAAACAUCUUCACGCAGCUACACAACUAUUGCUCACCAUUAUUCGUCUCCGCUUCUGGAUCACAGGAGCCAGAAAGCUUGCGAAAGCUGUGAUUCACAACUGCACGACUUGCUAUAGAGUUCGUCCACAACACGUGGAGCAAUUUAUGUCCGAGCUUCCUGCAUCACGGGUCACCGCGGCGCGGCCAUUUUCCGUCUCAGGAGUGGACUACUGGGGUCCAAUUCUACUCAAGCCAGUCAGUCGAAAGGCAGCUCCACGAAAGGCUUACGUAGCUGUUUUUAUUUGCUUCAGCACAAAAGCAGUACAUCUGGAGCUCGUUCCUGAUUUGAGCACAGCAAAAUUUAUCCAGGCACUUCGCAGGUUCGUCUCACAACGAGGAAUCUGCUCCGAAAUCCACAGCGACAACGGGAGAAAUUUUGUGGGCGCAGCAAACGAGCUUCGUCGUCUAUUCCGCAACGAGCAUCACCAGCAGGCAGUUGAACAAGAAUGCAUGAAGAAUGGAAUACGCUGGUGCUUCAAUCCUCCUAAGGCUUCUAACUUCGGGGGCUUGUGGGAGGCUGCUAUCGCGUCAGCACAGAAGCAUUUCUACCGUAUUCUCGGACCCAACAAACUAGCUGACGACGACAUGCAAACUCUACUCAAGCAGAUCGAGUGUUGCCUGAACUCUAGGCCACUCGUUCCUCUCAGCGACGACCACACCGAUUUCCAACCACUCACUCCCGGACACUUUUUGAUUGGUUCUGCGAUGAAAGCAAUUCCGGACAUGGACCUCACGAAAAUUCCCUCCAAUCGACUUCGACACUGGGAGCACACGCAGAAACUUUUCCAACAUCUGUGGCAGCGAUGGCACAACGAAUAUCUUUCGACGCUUCAACCACGAUCGAAGUGGUGCAAUCCACCUGUAGUCAUCGAGAAAGGUCGCCUGGUGGUUAUAAAGGACGAGAACACUCCUCCUGUGCACUGGCCGACAGGACGAAUCAUCGAACUGCACCCCGGAGCAGACGGGAUCACUCGAGUGGUAACUCUUCAAACACCCAGCGGAAAAUUUGUGCGGCCCGUAUCGAAGAUAUGCUUGCUACCCAUCGCGACAACACAACCAGCAACACCAUCAGAAGAACCAACGAAGACAGCAGAAUUAUAA